UAUAAAAGAAAAUUCUUUGCGCAUGGCUGAUGAGUCUUCUAUCGCUUUGGUUGCUAAGCAAACACUAGUUGUGUGCCCUUCAGCUGUGUGUUCGACAUGGGAAAACCAACUGCAGGAGCACACUCAAAAAGGAUCACUCAAGCUAUACAAGUAUUAUGGGGACAGUAGGACGAAGGAUGUUGAGGAGCUUAAGAAAUAUGAUAUAGUGUUGACCACAUAUAGUACCUUGGUUGCUGAAGGCUGUGAACCCACACGGUGCCCUUUGAUGAAUAUCGAGUGGUGGCGAGUCAUUUUGGAUGAGGCUCACGUGAUUAAGAAUGCAAAUGCAAAGCAGAUUCGGGAUUUUAGUAAAUUGACCGCUAGGAGGAGGUGGGCUGUUACAGGAGCACCCAUCCAGAAUGGAUCUUUCGACUUAUUUUCCCUGAUGGUCUUUUUCCGGUUAGAACCACUCUCCACAGAAUGCUACUGGCAACGACUGUUUCAGAAACCACUUGGUAAUGGAGAUGAGAAAGGGUUCUCCCGGCUGCAGGAAUUAAUGACAACCAUUUCUUUGAGGAGAAUAAAAGACAAGGUUUUAGUUGGAUUGCCAUCUAAAACUGUAGAGACAGUUUCCUUUGAACUUUCUGGAGAAGAACGUGAACUGUAUGAUCAGAUGGAAGCAGAUUCCAAGGAUGUUAUUGGAUGUUUUAUUACCGCUGAUAUUCUACACAGCCACUACGUAUGUGUGCUUUUUUCAGUUAUACAGCUUCGCCAGUUAUGUAAUGAUUCGGCCUUGUGCUCUAUGGAUCUCAGAUCAUUGCUCCCUUCUGACAAUAUUGGAGAUGCAUCCAAACAUCCGGAAUUGCUUCGAAAGAUGAUCGAUGGGCUUCAAGAUGGUGAAGAUAUUGUCUGUACGGUUUGCCUUGAUCCACCAACUGAUGCUACAAUCACAAUCUGUGAGCAUAUAUUUUGCAAAAAAUGCAUUUGCCAGCACCUGCAACACAAAGAAACCAGACAAACCUGCCCAAAUUGUCGGCGUCCUCUUUCUCUACCUGACCUGUUCUCAGCCCCUCCAGAAUCUUCCAAUCCUGAAAACCCUGAAAAAUUGUCAAGAACAACCCCUUCCAAAGUCUCAGCUCUCAUAAAACUCUUGAAGGAAUCUAGGGUUGUAAACUCGGUCAGUAAAUCAGUAGUUUUUUCACUGUUUGAUAAGAUGUUGGCACUAAUGGAAGAGGCACUGAAAGAUGCUGGCUUCAAUACAUUGCGGUUGGAUGCAUCAACAGAUGAAAUAAGGCAAGCUGAAAUAAUCAAGGAAUUUGGAUCAGCAGGAGCAGACACGGUUCUGCUUGCGAGUCUCAAGACUUCAGGAACCGGCAUAAACCUCACAGCUGCUUCCAAAGUCUACUUGUUGGAGCCAUGGUGGAAUUCAGCGGCUGAGGAACAGGCAAUAAACCGUGUUCAUCAAUACGGACAGAAGGAGAAUGUAAGAAUUGUUAGAUUGAUUGCUAAAAAUAGCAUUGAAGAAAGGAUAUUGGAGAUGCAGGAAAGGAAGAAAUCAGCGAAUGAAGCUUUUGGAAGGAAACGGCCACAUGAACAACACGAGGCUAGCAUAGAUGAUCUUUGUCGCCUCUUCUUCUGGUGAGCAUGCCUUGAUCUU